AUGGAGGUGCACAAGCAGGCGGUGGCGGCCAUUGCCAAGGCGGUGCGCAGCCACUAUGAGCGGCGGGAGCCAUUCCGGAUUUUCCACGGGUCGACCAACUCGACACGGCCGGGCGCCGGAGCACGGGGCGGUGGCCGCGGCGUGGUGGACAUCAGUGCGCUGAGCCACGUGUUGGCAGUGGACACGGCUGCACGCACGGCGCUGGUCGAGCCCAACGUGCCGAUGGACCGACUGGUGGCGGCCACGCUGGCCCGCGGGCUGGUGCCACCGGUAGUGAUGGAAUUUCCCGGGAUCACAGCCGGGGGCGGCUAUGCAGGCACGGCUGGCGAGAGCAGCUCGUUCCGCCACGGCUUCUUUGACCAGACCGUGCGACGCGUCGAGAUGGUGCUAGGCAGCGGUGAUGUCGUCGAGGCCACACCCGACCUUGCCGAUCCACGCCGCGACCUCUUCCGGGGAGCCGCCGGCGCUCUCGGCACUCUCGGCACUGCCACGCUGCUCGAGCUGCAGCUCGUUCCCGCACGUCGCUACGUCCGCACUACCUACCGUCGCUGCGCCAGCGUGGCCGAGACCAUCGCCGCCGUGCGCGACGCCGCUGACCCGCUGCGCAGCCGCUUCGACUACGUCGACGGCAUCCUCUUUGGCCGCCACCAUGGCGUCGUCAUCACUGGCGAGAUGACUGACGAUGAGCCGUCCGAGUCCGCCAGCCGCCAGACCUUUAGCCAGCCCCGCGACCCCUGGUUCUACCUCCACGUGCGCGACCACACCGCCGCCUCCCUCUCGCCCGAUGAACCCGCCACCGAAUACGUCCCCCUCGCCGAGUAUCUCUUCCGCUACGACCGUGGCGGCUUCUGGGUCGGUCGCUCGGCCUUCUCCUACUUCCCCUUUCCCUUCAACCGCUGGACCCGCCGGUUUCUCGACGACUUCCUUCACACCCGCAUGCUCUACAAGGCCCUGCACGCCUCCGGCCAGUCGUCCACGUACGUCGUUCAGGACCUCGCCCUGCCCUACACCACUGCCGCCGAUUUUGUCGACUACACCGCCGACACCUUUGGCAUCUGGCCGCUCUGGCUCUGCCCGCUGCAGCCAUCGGCCCGACCGACUUUCCACCCGCACUCGAAGCUGGCCGCUGACACCGUCGUGUCCGCUAUGCCACCCCAGCAGAUGCUCAACGUCGGUCUCUGGGGCCCUGGCCCGUCUGAUGCUGCCCGCUGCGUAGAGCUGAACCGCGACCUUGAACACCGCCUCGGCCACGAUUUCGGCGGCAUGAAGUGGCUCUACGCCCAUGCCUACUACGACGAGGACGAGUUCUGGCGCCUCUACGAUCGCCCGGCCUACGAUGCUCUUCGCCAGAAAUACCACGCCACCAGCUUGCCGUCUGUCUACGACAAGGUCAAGGUCGAUCCGGCCCGCCACACCAGCGGAGCGUCGUCGUGGUCGUCGUCACUGCUCACAAGCUGGCCGCUGGCCGGCGCCGUAGGCUUGCGGCACGCUAUCGCUAGCAAGGCGUAUCUGCCACGGACGCCACCGUGGCGCACGUGA